UAUGGAAGAAGAGUAUGGAUGGGACAAGGUCCACAGUCUUUUCAUACCUUUACUUUUUGUACUUUCUCCAGAAAUUUCUCUCUGUAAUCCUCUGGUUCUCUGUCGAACAACGGCUUCAUUUUGAAAUUUUGUCUUUGAGCUACCAACUUUUCGGUGUUCGUAUUUCUCUGAUGCGGUUUUUGAGUUUCAAUUUUCACACCCACCAGAACGAUACUCAUUUCAAGGGUUUCCGUGCUUUUUAAUCACUCCUUCGUUGCGAUUCUAGGCAGCAUAAAACUGUCUUCUUAAGGAUGGCAUCUGGAAAUCCUUGUUUUGAUGAUGUGCGGAGCAAACCAGAGGUUAUUGAUCCUCCACAAAAUCAAGAUAUGAUGGACAUCAGGGAAGCUGUGGAUGGUCCAACUCAAAAUGAACUUAAACCUAAUGUUGCUGUUUCCAGCAGUGUUCGCCAGCUUUUGGAAUGCCCAGUGUGUUUGAAUGCAAUGUACCCUCCAAUACAUCAGUGUUCAAAUGGUCACACACUGUGUUCGGAUUGCAAGCCUAGGGUGCACAAUCGGUGCCCUACGUGCAGGCACGAACUUGGCAAUAUUCGAUGCCUUGCAUUGGAGAAGGUGGCUGCAUCGCUAGAACUUCCAUGUAAAUAUCAGAGCUAUGGUUGCAUUGGCAUAUAUCCUUAUUACAGCAAGGUCAAACAUGAAUCCCAAUGUAUUUACAGACCUUAUAGUUGUCCAUACGCUGGAUCAGAAUGUUUGGUCGUUGGUGAUAUACCCUAUUUGGUGGCCCAUCUCAAAGAUGAUCAUAAAGUAGACAUGCACAGUGGAAGCACAUUCAACCAUCGAUACGUAAAAUCAAACCCUCAAGAAGUCGAAAACGCAACGUGGAUGCUAACGGUUUUCAGUUGCUUUGGUCAUUACUUUUGCCUGCAUUUCGAAGCUUUCCAGCUCGGAAUGGCUCCAGCAUACAUAGCAUUCUUGCGGUUCAUGGGCGAUGACGACGAUGCAAAGAACUACAGCUAUAGUCUCGAAGUGGGUGGAAAUGGGAGGAAGAUAGUAUGGCAAGGGGUGCCCAGAAGCAUCAGGGACAGCCAUCGAAAAGUUCGGGAUAGUUUCGACGGGCUCAUUAUCCAAUGUAACAUGGCUCUCUUCUUCUCUGGUGGAGACCGUAAGGAACUGAAGCUUAGGGUGACUGGUAGAAUUUGGAAAGAACAGGAGACUGGGAGAACAGCUUAUGAUGAAACUUUCAGUUCAAAUCCUAUCUUCUUGUCCAGUAGUCGGUUUCCUUUUUGUAGAGUAAAUGAGGCUUUCUAAAUCAUGAGUUUCUUUUUAAAUUAAGAAGCAAACACUCCUUGCUGCUGCUCUUGCAUCAAACCAUGAUUUAGAAAAGAACUUGUAGAACUGGAACCUAUUCCACAUUUCAGUUAGGACGCAGCCAUUUCUUGACUUUACCA